AUGGACCGCAUUCUCGCCGACCCAGCGCUUGAGGCGCAACCCAACUUCGAGUCCGCUGCAUAUGCAGGAUGGCUCAACACACUCACUAUAGGAGGAACAACCAGAGAAGAUGCUCUCGCGCAGAUGGCAGAAGGUUGGAGGAUCGAGCGCCAGGAGCGCAUCGACCUCUGGCAACAACAGAGUGAAGCAGACGCCCGCGCACAGCAGGAUCAGGAAGAGCUCAAUCGAGCCGAGAAGGAAGCCGAAGAGCAAGAAGAACGACGUGAAGCCGAGAAGAAGAAACCCAAGAUUAAUGACUUCGACGCCAACACAACUGUCACGGACGUUCUCAUCCCAUGUCCUUCCCAGUUCACCCUCCAGAAGAUCAAAAACAUGGAGUACAUAGAAUUAUGGUAUUUCAGUCCGGACGGCUGUCGCGAUGCCUCUGACAACUCCAGGUCCUCUUCCGAAGAUGCUUAUGGCUUUGCAAAAGUCGAGGGCAUGGUUGCCCUCAAACCAGUCGCAUCAUUUAAAGCGUCACAAAAAGCCCUGCAAGACCAUGACCUCUCCUGGCGGCAAUUCGACCUGGCGAAAACCAGCUACCUCGUCCACCUCGAGAAGUGCAACUGGCCGGAGAAGCACCAGCAGGCUCUGGCCAUGUUUUUCAUGCUCAUCACCAACCACGAACACCGAACACGCUCACGCGGGGAGAAGACCCUGCUUCGCUAUGCAGGAUUUGUGCAUCGUGAAUGGCACGACCGCCUCACCCAAAACCAGGGAUUCAAUAUCGGUAUUUUCAACAACGCUCUUUACAACACCCUAUCAGAUGACAUUUGGGAGGUGGAGCGAGAUGAAGGCAUCAAAAUGGUA